AAAAAAAUAAGAAAGAGAAACGCAGGCUCUGAAAGCAAGACCCCGGAGCACAGGAGAAGAGAGCAGCGCGCUCUCUCUCUGUCCCUUCCCCUUUCUCUCUCUAGUCUCCACCCCCAUUCCUCCGACGUCCGAGCAAUGGCGUUCGGCAAAACCCUGGCUCACCGGUUCCUCAACGCCGCCAGGUCCUCCUCCGCCGGCACCCUCCUCCCUCCCCGCCUCCGCGCCGCCGAGCCGUCCUCUUACCUCCGGCACCUCCUCGCGGACUCCAGCGAGGAGCGGGGGCUCCUCCGCCGGUUCCUCCAGUGGCGGGCCCUCUUCCAGUCGGCGGAGCGGCUCCCCCUCCCGGUCGGCGACGCCCUGGCCGAUCGUAUCCGGAGGCUGAACGGGGAACGCCUCCGCCUCGAGGGGCUCGCCCCCCCGCCCAGAUCCCAGCUGGCAGCGUCGCAGGAGGAGGAGGAGGAGGAGCGGCUCUCGGUGGAGGAGGCGAGGAAGGUGCUGCGCGCGGCGCAGAUGGAGGCGGCGCGGGCGCGGCUGAGGGGGAUCCAGAGGAGCUGCGUGGCGUACGCGGAGUUCACCCAGAUCUGCUGCGGGGUCGCCGGCGUCGAUCAGGGGCUCGGCGUCGCUCGCGCGCUCGACGAUUCCGGGGCCGUCAUCGUCCUCGGCGACGUCGUUUUCCUCCGUCCCGACCUCGUGGCAAAAGCAAUCGAGAACAUGAUUCCGGCAUCGGUGCCCCCUGCGAACAACCCGGAAAUCAAAGAGCUGAAGGAGAUGGAGAAGAAAAAGGCGGAGAUCGACAUGAAGGCCGAGGCCCAGGUGAGGAGGGAGCUCUGGUGCGGGCUGGGCUUCCUGGGGAUCCAGACCGUGGGCUUCAUGCGGCUGACCUUCUGGGAGCUCUCCUGGGACGUGAUGGAGCCCAUUUGCUUCUUCGUCACCUCCCUCUACUUCAUGGCGGGCUAUGCCUUCUUCCUGAGGACCUCCAGGGACCCCUCUUUCGAGGGCUUUUUCGAGAGCCGCUUCGCCGCCAAACAGAAGCGGCUCAUGAAGGCCCACAACUUUGAUAUCAAUAAAUUCCAUGAGCUCGGGAGAGCCGGUCGCAUCCCUCCAUCGCAGCCUCUCAAAGAGUCCUCUCCCUCAUCUUGCUCUUCCUACUGCGAUUGUCACAGCAAGAGCACCUUGUUUGGGCCCAUGCAUUAGACUGCUAGGUUCAUUUGAAAUAACAUAGUCUACAUUGGAAGAGAAUUAAAAAAAAAAAAAAAAAGAUGACAGAGUAGUUGUAACUUCUUAUCCAGAGUAGUUGUAACUUCUUAUCUUUUUGUGACAUAUUCGAACGGAGCCAUUUAGUUUCGUUUGACAUAUGAAAUGAAUCAAUGACACAAGAGGAAGCAUGAGGUGAAAACUA